AUGAAGAAAAUCUCACAUUUGGAAGAGGAAAAUGAAAGACUCGGGAGGCAGAAGAUUCUUGAUGCAUGCUCAUUGUUUGAUGUAAUGUCAACAACACUUGAGAAACUACCACCUAGUAGUAUUGCUGCUAGGGAAACUACUGGAUCAAUGAUCAUUCUUGCAAACAUGAUUGUUGUAGCAUCUGUUUCCUCAAAUUCACAACAGGUGUUCCCUGAUGAUCUUCUUCUUGAACUUUUGAAACUAAUUCUGCAUCUAGAUGUUGAAAUACGUUUUAGUGGACACCAAAUCUUUUCUGUUCUUCUCAUUCCAAAUUCUAACCAUGUGAGGCGUGAUACUGAUGCUUCUACUUCUAAUCAAACAAUAAGAUGGAGUUCUGAUACUGCAUAUGUGUUUGCCUCUGUUACAUCUUUACUUGGAUAAGCUUCAUG